UCUAUCUGUUUCUACUUUGGACCCGUAUCUGCGAAACGUAGCCAAUCAGAACCACACCAACUAAAUCAAAACUUGACGUCGAUGCCCAAAGUAUACUGUUGCACAUCACCAACGGCCGUCUUGGCAGCCCUCAACACGAAGCCGGUAUUCUCGAAAAUGAUGGCCGGCACCGUCAUGUACGGGACGGCCGCGUUGGUGCCCGAGGCGAUGGCCGCCAGCAGGUCGCCGAUGGCCACGACAAAGUCCUCGACCAUGGUGGCGACGUUGGCCGCCGUCGCCGGCUCACCACUGCUGCCAAACUGUUGGAAUGGCGCGCUAGUCAGCCACGGAGGGUCAUCCACGAAGGUGGCUGUGGUGGUGCAGGGCCACAGAUUCUAUAUAAGUGGCCGUAGGCCAUUUCCACCCUCUGUCUUCUAGAUACAUACAGACAGACAACAAUCCAUCACUUGAACCACCAGUUUUCGGCGUGCAGUUACGCCCUGUUGCUUCCAGUACCGGUACCUGGUGAUUCCAACAGUA